GGGUGGGCCUCGGAUAGCCUUCCGGGAGCUGGUAUUUCCGGGCUGCACUAAAGGCACCAGCCGCCUGCUGCAGCAUCUCUCGCUUCACGUUGCGGACGCAGCGGAAAAAUAAAUUUACAACAACAAUGUCAGGGAAAAGGACAACAUAGUCUCUCCACAGUGAGUGACUGACCAUGGCCAAUCUGUGGAGAGAAGGUCAUCGCAGCCGCUCCAGGGAGCGUGGCACCAGCCUGAAAACAGCUGCUGCGCCCCGGCAACAGGGACCGUCCGGAGACACCGGGGACGCCGGGGAGUCGCUGCGAGAGCUGCCGAGAUGGAUGCGGCUCUACCUCUACGGCAUGCACGGCGUGACUCUGGACGUCCUGCUCUCCUCCCUGCAGGGGGUCCUAACCAGUCGCGACCCCAAGCUGGUGGGCUUCUCCUCUCCGUAUCUGUGCAUCAUGCACGCACUGACCCACUUCGCACUGGAGAAGAUCUACUCCCAGAAGAAGUGCUUCCGAGGUCGGCCCGUGGUGUUCCACCUGGUCUUUUACCCGUCUGUCUACAUCGGACUGCAGAUCCUCGUCGGGAACAUCAGCACUCUGACCGAGCAGGUGCGAGUGGUGUCCGGGACGCAGCUGGUGGUCCACUACAUCCUGGCUUUGUAUUUCUCCCAGGUGUUCCACAGAGGGCUCGCGCACCUGCAGUACAAGCCCACCUCCCGCUGCGCCGACCUCUGGAGGAGCCUCGGCGAUCCCGAUCAUCAUCAUCACCAUGAUCAUCAUCAUCAUCAUCAUCAUCCUUCAGGCGGACUUCCCGGGUUCGCCCGGUUCUUGUUUUUCGGCAUGCACGGCUUCCUGGACGAGGUGUUGUUCACGUCUCUGUUCAACCUGGUGGAGAAAGGGGUGAGGGCCACCGGGGGCCACACGUCCCUGUGGUCCUUCCUGAUGUACGGCAGCUGCAGCUUCGUGGUGGAGAAGCUCUACUUCCACCUGCACUUCGGGCGAGGCUGGGGGACCUGGCGGCGCCUGCCCAUCUACAUCUGCUUCAUCUACACCUGGGAGUUCUGCUGCGGGCUGACGCUGAGGCAGUUUGACGCCUGCUCCUGGGAUUACUCCCACUAUCCGCACAAUUUCAUGGGACUCAUCACCCUCCUGUACCUCCCAGGCUGGCUGAUCCUGAGUCUGUACCAGGACGUGCUGUCUAACGUGCUGCUGAGAAUACAGUGCACCAAAGACCCAGACUGCGUGAGUGGGGAGAAUGGAAAGGUCAACGGACAACUGGAAUCUAAGAAAAAAUGACUCUUAAUGUACAAAUCAGCUUCCUAACAGAUCUAUUAAAAAACAAAAAGAAAAGAAGAAGAUGAUUCAGGUUUAUCUCAGCAACUUGGAACAUCUACAAUAAGUUCAUUACGUUUCUGUAAUUCCGUUCAAAAUGUGAAACUCAUUUUAAUUGACAGGUUUAAAAUCUGAAGCAUUUGCUUACUUUGAAAAUAAUGGCUUCCCUAAAAUUUAGCUUUUCAAAAGUCACAAAGAGCAAAAUGUAGAAGUGGUAUAUUUUCCAGUUUACAACAAAUGGAAAAAAACUCAGUCUUUGAAAGGUUAUCAUAUACAACUAAUUUAAAAAGAAAAAUCACACAUACAAAGUAUGCCCGUGUACUAUGCAAUAUAAUGACUAAGCCCAAGUUGCUUCAGGAUUGACUUUUUUUUUCCUUCUACACUUUUACCUUCCACUAAACUUUCUAAUAACAGUACUCUGAACAGCCACUUCUUUAGUAAUGAUUCUUUCUUGUAUAUACUGACAUUCCCCUUUUUUAUAUUGGUAUUAGUAUUUCAGUUUUCUGGGAAACUAAAUGUCAUUAUCUUUAAACCAUAAUAUUAACGGGACACUUAUAUCAAUGUAUGUCUAAUAGAUUUAUACAAAUAUGCGGGGUUUCACUUUAGCUGAAUUACUGAAAUAAUUGAACUCUUUAAUGAUUCUAAAAUUUAUUGCGAUGCACCUGUUUGUCAUAUUUCUGAUUUCUCACUAUGACGCCCAACUGAGACCAUUGACUGUGUAUCUAACCUGUUUAAAUUACAUGAACCUACUGCCGUUUUCCUCUGUACAGUGUAAAAACUUGGAUUCUAAAAUAGGAACAUUUUUCUAUUUUGAUAUGUUUUACAACUGUAACUGCUCUUUUUAUGAUGGAGUUCAGCUGCAGACCAGAGCCGGCCCAAAGUAUCAUGCAAAACAAAACGUGCGACACCUGACAUCUUCAACGUUACGUUCUGUAAAUUAGAGCAGCUAGGCUGCAGCAAGCUUUAUGGAAUAAAUUAUUGUGUGGUUAAAUAAGUUAAAAUGUUAAAAGAAACCCAAAUGGAUUAUUUUAGUUUAUGUGUUUUCCAACUUUGGGACGGCUCUGGUGCAGAAUCACCAGUGGAGGAAUUGUGGGUAGUUUUUAAUCGCAGCAAGUCAUUUAGCAUGCCAUAACUCCUGCAGAUAUCUGCAUGCUGAAACUGUGUUGAAAAAUGUUAAACUUUUUAGACUUUUUAAAAACAAAGUACAAUGCACUGAAUGCUGCCUGAUGUUCCAAAGUCAGUAUUUCCAGAACUUUAAUUUGUCUGUUUGAUUCAAUUUUUUUAUGUGUUUUCCAUAAACCACCAAAAGAGAUAGUUCAAAAUUAAAAAGCAAAGUUCCAGUAAAUUGUUAGAAGGAGCUGACGUCCACUCUGGUGAGAUAUUAACUGCUUUUAAACUUUUAAUGGAAAUUCACUUUAAAAAUCCUGAACUGUUCCUUUAAAGUUAUGGGAUACUAACCCAGUCAUAAAUGUAGCAAUGCAGCACCUUGGGCAGAGUAGAAAUUUGGAACCACGUGGGAUUACUGUGAAUUUUUCAUGAACCAAACAUUACUGGAGUGCCUUUCUGUGCAAACAGAGACUCGAUUAAACACAACAUUACUCCUGCAAGUGCUACAGCCAUGGAUCCCAGCAUCCCAGACAGAUUAUACAUUGGAAACUUACAUAGGUUUGAGUGCUCACUAAUGGAAAAAACAUGCCCUUGUACAACUGAGAAAAAAAAUGAUGUACAUUUUUUAUGAUUUUUAAUAAGAAAGUGAAUUUUCGUCUUGUAUAUAAUUCCCUAGAUUCAUUUGGAAGUGCAAUUGUCCCAGAUACAGAUUAUUCUUGAUAAAUAUCUUUCAACUUCUUAAAGCUCUGAGGCUGGCUUGGUGAUUUUGUUGGUUUGUUCUAUGGACUCGGCAGCUACAUUGAUGUUCUUUAACAUUUCACACAUUUAUGCCAUUUACUGCAUGAUUGAACGACUUUGCACAUCCUUAAAAUACUCCUUGACCGCGUAACUGUACUUUAGCCAUGCUUCACAUUUGUCUGAGCACUUUCAUAAAGAAAGAGACCAAAACAAGUUUGAAAAAUCAAUUUAAAAAAAAAAAGUUUUAGUAAGAUGUACGUCCCUUCGAAAGAAAAAUAAAAUAAUAAAACUCAGCAGCAUGAACUGUAUUAAUAUUUUUGAUUUGAUGAAAAGCUUCAACUUGUACUCAUUCAUUCUACUAAUAAAAUGACAUCUGUUGUAA